AAACUGAUAAUAAAAAAAAAUCUAAAAAAAUAAAUGUUUAUUUGUUAUGAAGAAAACAACAAUAAUUAACAAUUAAAAAUACAAAUCAUUAUCAAUUUUGCAGUUCUAGAAAAAUACAAGAAAAAAAAAAUAAACACAACAACACAAACCACAAAAUCAAAGCAGACGUAGACGAAUGUGUGGAAAACCUAAAGAGUGUAAAGGAAUUAAUAACAAUAUCACAUUACAACGUAGAAAGAAGAAGAAGACCUGCAGCAUAAUUGGUCAAAGAUAAUAUUAAUAAAAAAAAUAAUAAGAAAGUAACAACAAUGGCCAUAUAUUGCUGGGGCAAUACCGCCCAUGGAGAAUUGGGUUUGGGUGGUAUUGAGGAAGAACAGAUUUUAAUGCCCAGAAAAAUGAACUGGACGCCACCAGAUGCAUCUGUGAUACAGGUCAGCUGUGGCCGUUGGCAUACAUUAUUUUUGACUUCAGAUGGCAAGAUAUUUUCAUGUGGCAGCAAUGACAAUGGCCAGCUGGGGCAUGAAUUACCAACGAAAAGGCCACGUAUGUCACCAUUUAAAUUAAUAGCCGAAUUGGAAAAUUAUGUUAUAACACGUAUAAGCUGUGGUGCACGCCACUCGAUGGCCCUUAAUGAAUGGGGUCAAAUUUUUACUUGGGGUCAUAACGAUUAUGGUCAAUUGGGUAUAACGAAUAGUCAUGAUGUGGUCAUACAACCGAAGAUCGUACGAAAUUUAAUUUCAAAACAUGUAGUACAAAUUGCCUGUGGCAAUAAUCACAGUUUGGUCUUAACAAAUUGUGGUGAAUUAUAUUCUUGGGGUUCCAAUAUCUAUGGCCAAUUGGGUGUAGCGUCCACUAGCGAUUUAGUUCACUCAAAUAUUCCUCGUUUGAUAACUGCUCUUCAUGGUAUACCCAUUGCCUAUAUCGUUUGUGGUGGCAAUCAUUCAUUUGUUAUCUCCAAGUCUGGUGCUGUUUUCGGCUGGGGUCGCAACAAUUGUGGCCAAUUGGGCCUAAAUGAUUAUGUCAAUCGUUGUUAUCCCACCCAGUUGAAAACAUUACGCAGUUUAGGUGUACGUUAUAUUGCCUGUGGUGAUGAAUUUUCUGUGUUCCUUACAAAUGAUGGUGGUGUUUUUACAUGUGGUUCCGGCCGUUAUGGUCAAUUGGGUCAUGGUGGUAAUUCGAAUGAAGUUUUACCACGUAUGGUUGUUGAAUUGAUGGGCAGUACAGUAACACAAAUUGCCUGUGGUACAAAACAUACUCUAGCAUUAGUGCCUUCACGUGGUCGUGUUUAUGGUUUUGGUUUAGGCUGUGCUGGCCAGUUGGGUACGAGAGUAACGAAUAGCUCACCAUUGCCGCAAGUUGUAUUGGGACCUUGGGUUUCCCCCAGUGGUCAAGCCUUAAUAGAAUCCGAAAUGCCCGAAGAUGUAGAAUCAUCGUACAUAAUAAAACAAAUAUAUUCGGGUGGGGAUCAUUCACUAGUCACUUGUACCUAUUAUGAGGAUAAAAUACCUGCCAACGAUUGUCGUAUCUAUGACAUGAAAACUCAGGUGCUGUUUUUAACCGUUGAAUCUACUGAACAAAUCUCUUUAGUUGAAAGUGAUAGCACUGUCGAUAUGGAUCUUUUAACACUAGUUGAAUUAGUUUUUAAAAGUCAAGCCUGUAUAAGUGGUUCAUUUCUCUUGCCCGACUAUGGUCAUUUUUGUUGUACCUCCAAACAUCAUGGAAUUGAUUUAGAAUCAGCCGAAAAAGCUUUUGAUUAUUUGCGUAAAGUUGAGAAUGAAAGUCUUAAGUCUGUGAUUUGGGAUAAAAUAACUAAUGAAUUGUUAAGCUCUUUACAACCCUCACCUGCUGAUGUUGAGACUUUAAGAGUUUAUUUGCUGUUGCCUUUCUAUCAUGAAUUUGUUAAUUCGAAAAAUUAUGAAAAAUUGCAUAUACCGUUUAGUAAAGCAAUGUUAAGUUUAAAUGAUAUACCUUUAAAAAUUGUUGGCAAAUGGUGGGGUCAAGUGCCUAACGAAAGUUUUGAACAUUUUGUUUCAUGCUAUAGAGAUGUGGUAGCCUAUAUAAUAAGUUUUAAAAUACCACCCAUAGUGGGUUGUAAUUCACAGAAGAGGCUUGUUAGAUAUAAUUCUCAUUUGGUGGCAGCUUUAAAUAUGUUAACAUUUCUUUGUAAAGUAAAUAAAACAGAACGUAAAGAUGGCAUAGGACGUAAGGUAUUCAUCUGGCCUGAAUUAACCGAGUUUGUGGAUAUACAACAGGAGUAUUUACACUGGUUAAUGGAUAAAAAUAGGGAUUCCUUUAAUAUUUGUAAUUAUGGUUUUCUAUUCGAUGCUGCUGCCAAGACUACACUCUUGCAAACCGAUCAAACCAUACAAAUGUAUCAAGCCAUGCAAAAUGCCACCAAUGAUAAUUUCUUUAAUAUGAUUGCAUUUGGUACACCUGUCUCCCAGUUUAUUGUGUUAAAUGUUACACGUGAGAAUCUGGUACAAGAUACUAUACGAGAAAUUGCCCGCUACAAUCAAAGUGAUUUGAAAAAGCCACUCAAAGUGAAAUUUAGCGGUGAAGAAGCCGAAGAUGCUGGCGGUGUACGCAAAGAGUUCUUUAUGUUGCUUUUAAAAGAUAUCAUUGAUCCUAAAUAUGGCAUGUUUAAGGAAUACGAUGAUUCUCGUGUUGUCUGGUUUGCCGAUGUUACAUUCGAAACUGAAACUAUGUACUUUUUAAUUGGUGUCAUUUGUGGUUUAGCUAUUUAUAAUUUCACCAUCAUUAAUUUACCUUUCCCAUUGGCUUUGUAUAAGAAAUUAUUAGAUUUUGAUGUAGAUUUAAGUGAUCUUAGAGAACUCUCACCUACUUUAGCUAAUUCUAUGCAACAAAUAUUAGAUUAUGAUGGUGAUGAUUUUGAAGAAAUAUUUGAUUUACGUUUUGAAAUAUCAAGAGAUAUAUUUGGUGAAUCAAAAACUGAACCUUUAAAGGCAAAUGGUGAAAAUAUUGUGGUAACUAAGGAGAAUAGACAAGAAUUUGUUGAUCUUUAUGUAGAUUUCAUUUUCAAUAAGGCGGUAGCUGAACAAUAUACUGCUUUUAAAAGUGGUUUCAUGAAGGUUUGCUCUGGAAGAGUAUUAAAAAUAUUUAGACCAGAAGAAUUAAUGGCCAUGGUAGUGGGUAAUGAAGAAUACGAUUGGAAAGCUUUAGAACUAAAUUGUGAAUACAAAAAUGGUUAUACAUCCAGUGAUGACACGAUUAAAUGGUUUUGGGAAGUUUUUCAAGAUUUACCUUUAAAAGAGAAAAAGAAAUUUUUGUUAUAUUUGACGGGUAGUGAUCGUAUUCCUAUACAGGGUAUGAAAGCCAUUAAAAUUUGCAUACAACCUACAAAUGAUGAUAAAUUUUUACCAGUGGCUCAUACUUGUUUUAAUCUCUUGGAUUUGCCACGUUAUAAAACCAAGGAACGUCUGAAAUAUAAACUAUUACAAGCAAUACAACAAACUCAGGGUUUUAGUUUAGUAUAAUACAACAAAACACACAUGCCAUAUUUAACACACAUACUAAUUACCGAGCUUGCUCUAAAAUGUCUUUUUUUAUAUUAUGGCUUGGUUUUUUUUUUUUGUCACAUAUUUUUUUGUUUUAG